CGUGAAUUGUAACUAUCAAACAGGAAAAGAAAGAGAAUGCGCUGGCUGACUUGAGAGAGCAUUCUUCCUGAUCUAUACUGAGUUGGAUGGGCAUCGUUUGAUCAUGCUCCCUCUAGGCCUUUUAACAGCUGCCCAAGGCCAUCCUAUGCUCGUCGAGCUGAAAAAUGGCGAAACCCUCAACGGCCACCUUGUUAACUGCGACAACUGGAUGAACCUGAUCCUCAGAGAAGUCGUCCAAACAAGCCCUGAAGGUGACCGCUUUUUUAGAUUGCCUGAGAUGUAUGUGAGGGGGAAUAAUAUCAAAUACCUACGAGUCCCUGAAGAAGUCGUCGACCUAGCAAAGGACCAGCAGCAGAACCAGCCGUCGAAUCGUGCCCGUGGUGGUCAACAACAUCGCGGGGAUGGUGGCAGGAUAGAUCGCGGGAGAGGUGGGGCCCGGGGUGGUAGGGGACGCGGAAGGGGAAGAGGUGGCAACUGAAUUCAGAGAUAUUCUGUCAUAACUCCUUUUCAUAUCCGUCCGUCUGCUUUGAUACCCAGUCAAUAGGGAGGCCGUGUGUCUCUGUGCGCGCAUGUGUUUUUAAUGAAUAUGAGACCUGCUCUCUUUGGGCAUCCCCUUUCAAGGAUAUGUCCACUAUGCAUGGCUAUUACUCUUCUGGGAAAAAUCAUCCGGCGUUUGUCGGUAUGGGGUUAAAGGGGGAUAUAUGCAUUUAUGUGCAAAAAUGAGCAUCAUGUUUUCUUUUCUGGCUGCAUUUAGCUGAUACAUUACAGCUUCUGCGUAACUGAUGUAUACGGAGUCGGCCCCGGCGGGUACGCCAGCGUUUCCUGAGACGGGUUACAAUAUCGAUGGACCUGUUAGGCAACAUUAAUAUUCGAAAGUGAUCAUGAUGUAUUGACUGCUCAUCUAUCUCUAUCUGACAUGGACAAUUGUUUCAUUCCCUAUACAUCAGUAUCAUCCGAAUUAUAGCGGGCAUGGACAUUUUUUCAGGCUUUUCUAUGUCAUUAAUGCAUCCCCUGCCGACUCCCCGAACGCCUCGCAUAAUAUAUAGUACAGCCGAGGGUCAGAACCGUUCCCGUUUAUGAAUCUCUCUUGUAAUCACCCCCUUCCGAAAUGGCGUCAUCAGCCCCCAAAGCCUAGACAUCUGCCACCUCAGGUUUAUCUCAGAAGCGCCCACCCCCCGGGGUCCUUCAACCUCGAAACCCGCACAGGCUCAAUGAGGUUACAAGGACCUCCUCAAAAGCUCCUCCUUUGGAGCAUUGGGAUCAACAACCUCUUGCUCCUGUUGCUCCCGACCUCGCCAAUCUGCCGCAUGGCUCUCUGUAACAGGCUCUCCUGGCGCUGGCUCCCGAAUAACUUUCCCUGCAGUAGCUGAUACCCCAGCCUCUGUUUCUGGUCCCUUUUCCACCUCCGCAUACUUCCACACAACCUUCAGCCGAUCCAAGGCCUUCACGCCCCUAUUACUCGUCCCUCGAAUCCCAUCCAGCGCCUCCCAGUCCACCUCAAAGACUCCAGAAUCAUACGCAUGCCCACCUUCGAAGUAUGCAUUAAACCAGACGUGCGCAACGGAUGUAAUCAUCGUCCAACUAGUGUAUGUGGACAGGGCUCGCCGGUCGAUACUGAUAUUUACGUCUGAGGUGGGAAUUAUGACUUUAUUUUGUGGGCGGAGGAUUAUGGCUGGAAUGACGGUUUCCAUGUCUGUAGAGGUAGAUAGGACGCUUUGGAACAUUUUGGACCAGGGUUUCGGUGUGGUGAUGGGUUGGAAUGGCGGAGCGAUGUCUGAAGGUAUGGGCGGCGGUGACGUAUCUGGUGGGAUAGUUAGGCUACCGGUAUCAUUCAACGUGCUCUCAUCAUCGUCCUCCUCUGGCGUCGGCCUAGCUUUCACCUUCCCCGUCCCAUCCUCACACCCCUUCCAUUCGCCACCCAUUAUAAUCUUCUCACACCGAUGAAACCGAUGAAAACACUUGAUCCGCCUCCCCUCCUCAAUAAAUCCCUCAACGUCCACCUCCACCCCAUCUCUCAACCCCCAUAUAUGCACCUCCAACACCUCCACAGGCCUCUCCACAUAUACCUUCCCCAGCUCCUUCGUCCACCGAUCCACAUAUCCCACCCAUCUCAGUUGGCUGGGUAUACUCACACCUUCCCCGAACCUCGCUCUCAUUCUCCUUUCUGUAAACCGCCUUAGCGCCUCCUCAGCUACCCACCCCCGCUCACUAAUCAGAAAGCUACACGCAAUCGUCCCGCUCCGCCCCUUGCCAGCUUUGCAAUGCACGACAGCCACCCGUUUCCCCCUCUCAUCACCAUCACCAUCACCAUCACCUUCGUCAUCCCUAACCUCACCUUCCAUUUCCCCCAUAUUACCCCCAUCCCCUAGCAACCAAUUCCGCAUGCUAGCCAUGAUAUGUGGAAUAAGUGCGAAGGGCGGUGGGUGGUGGUCCGGAAAUGGGAAAUGGUGGAUACGACCAUAGACCUCUUCAUCUGGGUAUCCCGUGCCUUCCGCCCGGAAUUCCCAGAUUGCCCAAUUUUCGCCGUGUUUGAGGUCUAGGAAACGGACGAGGGAGUCUGUAGGGUUGCGGUACACACGGCGGGGAUAGGUAGAGGAAGGUCCGGAAGUGACAAUUACUAGGAAAAGUAAAUCAGUAUUUGAUAAGACACAGUACUGAAAUGUAAUGGGAUAGCUUUGACGUACUCUCGUCCGUCACAUAGCAUAAAUCAAGACCAGCUUCGGGAUGACGGAGUCGAGGGCCCGCAACUAUCUGGCGGAGAAUGGAGGCCUACUAUCCAGUCAAUGAAAUUAGUCGGUUAAAGAGUCAUGAAUUUACUUCAAGAGACCCUCCAGUUGCCGAUCAAUUGGACCGGUAAGCACAAGUUCUUAACAGCGGGCAUACACACCAUGGAAAAAAAAAAAAAAAAAAAAAAAAAACGGAGCAGCUUCACGAGGUAACUUGAUCGCCGGGAUCAAUUAUUGAAUGUAAGUUCGUUUUCUAUGUCAAGUUACUGGAUACAUAGUUUGGGGCAUCCUAUAAAUUGAGGCAUUGUUUUAGGCAAGCUAUCAACUGGCAAAGAUGUUGCCUAAUAUAGACUGCGAUGGUCAAUUGAAAAUGGUUGUGUUGGCCUUCGUGGUUAGCUUUCAAUUUGCUCAGCGCCGAUGAUGUCAUUUUAAUUUUGCUGCGAUUUCGGUGAUUUUGUUUCCAGCAAUUAACACAACGCAGCUACAAUUACAAGGCGAAAUUGAAAGGAUAAUUUUCAGAAAGUGAAAAAGAAUUUUCUCGGGUAUAAAAAAAUCGUUAUUUACAAGGCUCCCGCAUGUAUUUAUUACCUACUAUAGUCGUCUAGAAAUCGGUUUACGUAUCUCGGAAUCGUACUGCAAAAGCUUCGCAUACUGAUCAUCAGAAUCGAAACAUCGCGUGCGAACAUGAACCUUCGACCCAGGUGUCAACGAAAACCCGCUAUCCAUCAUCUCAACGAAAUACCUAUGUGCCUCGCGGAACCGUCCUGCAUCUACGCAGAGCAGUACCAGGUAUUCAUAUGUCAUCCGGUCCGGGAAGACGUCCAGGAGAACCAUCUCCUGCACAAAGAAAUUUGCCAUAUCGUGCGCGCCUGUGACGCGGCAACCGCGGAUAAGAUGGUUGAAGGUUGUGGCCGAGGGCCGAUGUUCGAAGACGUGAGCUAACUCAUGGUAAAAUUCUAGAGCGACGGUCAUGCUUUUGUGGUGGACCGCCAUUUCGAUCACUGCGUUUACAGCUACCAAAGGCACUUUGAGGCGUUCUUUCGUUUUCAUAUCUGCCAGCGUCUGCCAGACGGUCCGCGGCCGGAUGCUCUUUUCGAUGCAGUAGGUGAAGAUCGACCGUGUGGCUGUCUCGCCAAGCUGAAAAGUGGCCUUUUGGGCAGUGCAGAGGACGCGCAAAGCAAAGUCAAGGUCGUCUGCGGCGAGGUAAGUGUCGACAAGACAAUUAUAAUCUUCUAGUAGGAAAAUGCCCUGGCGCUCUCGUAAAACUCGGAAAACUUCGCCGGCUAGCCAUGUAUUACCUGUCCGCGACGUCAUUAUGAGGAUGUUGCUGCAGACCCCGUAAGGCGGAUUAAUGAGGCCGGGCUGCACGCGCUCUUUCCAUAUGAAGCCGACGCAUUUCUCGUGGAAUGACUCGCUGGCUGUGACGAGGAUGUGAAACCACAAGUUUGUCUUCGACUUCACACAGAUUAUAUAUUAAUAGGCUGUAGAGCCAUGGUUCGACUGGGAUGUUCUGGGCUUGCAUGCGAGAUAUGUGGUCCAGCGUCAUCUCAAACUGUCCUUCCCGGAUGAGUCCAGUUACGAUAUUAUGCCAUCCUUCAGGCGAAAUUGUCAACCAGCGGUCGCGUAGGGUGUGAAGGAUUUUCUGGCGUAAGAGAUAAUCAGGGUGCACCGCGAGAACCUGGUUAUUGAUUGCCCUCCGGCAUUAGUAUAGGUGCAAAUCAAUCUUCUGAGAACGAGGAGAAGAAGGGCAUCUCUAAAACAAGGGGCGGCCGAUACCUUCAAUACUGCAUGGAGAGUCGCCGAGUCAAUUGGUAUGUUAUUCUCUUCCAUCUCUUUUAGUAGGCUUCGGACGUGCUUGGAGCAUCCCAUCAACGCAUCGGUAUUAGCCGUUAUCAGCACGGUGUAGUGCCAUGUUUGUGGCUGAAAGCCUCGUCUCCGGAUAAGCUCCCUCAUUAAUUUCAUGGUCAAUUUGUAAUUCGGGAUUCCCUCGACCGUCUUCCGUAGUGCCCUUUCAAUGUGUCCAUCUGUUCUCAUUCGAAUAGACCAAUCCAAAUGCGUGUAAUCUUUGAAGGUUCUGUGAGGGAAAUGUUUACUCCGCGGGGCUUUUGUAAAAUAUUGGUCUAUAUCGCCUGGUAUUUCUGGAUCAUACUUCCCAGGCAGCGCGCCAUUUUCCGUUUCGAGAUGUGAUUUCACCUCCGGGGAGAGCAGAGCGACUUCUCUCGUUCGCGUGAAGGAUCGGGCGGCGGAGCAGGUACUGACGGGGGGAUUGACAUAUUGUUUCAGCCGCCUUGGGAAGUUGGGCCACCUCAAGGGUGCCUGUUUGUAGGACGGACAGAGGCAAUGCCAUAACCCGUCAGCUACAAUGGUUCUCGCAGGCAUGAUUUGGUUGGAUGUCGAGGAAUGGCUUCAAAACGUUUGAGCUUGCGCAAAAGUGGUUCUUCAGGCCAUGAUGCUUAGUCAUCACUACUUUCAAAAAUUUCAGCCCUAAAUACAUGUACAUACAAUUGACUAACAGUUGUCCAAUGAAUCUA